UGUUGUUGUUGUUGCAGUUUGGCCGGGGCUGGGUUUGAACCCACCACCCUCGGCAUAGGGGGCCGGCGCCCUACUCACUGAGCCACAGGCGCCGCUUAGAAUCUUUGACUUAAUUAGGAGUUGUCAAAUUGCAUUUUUUUUUCAAUUUUAGCAUUUUUUCUGAAUUUAUUAGCUAAAAUUACUCCAUAGAAGAAAUUUUUCCUCAUCAACUAUUUGCUUACUUUGAAAUACAAUUUUUACUGGAAAGACAGGAUAAAUGUGUGAUUCUUUACCUUUAUACAUUUUCAGAAAGUAACAAGUUGAAAUCUAGCAGCUUCCGAUGAUGAAACUCCAAGGUUUUUUGCUUUUUGUUUUUUCUUUUUUAAAAUAUGAAGAACUCAUGGACUUUUUAAUAUAGCUGAUAUUUUAAUGAAUCUGUUAUUCCUUUUGAUGCUCUUCAAAAUUGCACCUAUGUCCUUUUGACAUACAUAUGCCAUUUGCUUUUUAUGGAUCCCUUGAUUUCUGUCACAAGAAGAUGCCCCAGUCCAUGUGGUAUAUUUUCUGUCCCAGACCUGAAUCAGCCAUUUCUCCAGGGAGCUCUGGUUCCUUUUAGUGAGAAAUGGUAUUUACAGAUCACAUUCUGGGUACUAGGAGUUCUUUGCUCUUGGGUUAACAUUGUUUUUUCAAGUCUUUUCAGUGGAUAUAGCAAGGAAAUGUGUACAUUUUUGGAAAGAUGAGUUCAUACCGAUAUUUUCAAUUAAAAACACUAGAUUAUAAGAUUUUCACUUCUUUGAUUUUAUACUAGAACCUCUUUUCUCUUAUGCUUAAACGUUUGUUGCUAACAUUAACAAAUCAUUUAGUUAAUUUACUCAGCAGUAUACUUACUAUAUUGUAAUGCAAGUAAAAUUGGAUCUGCAAAUUUUAAUACAAUUUUAUGUUCCUAUUAGAUUAAUAUGGUGCUGAAGUUAACACAUUUACCUGCUCUGCCAAGUUAUGCUCUUGAUCUUAGUGACUUUCCACUUGAUUAUACAUCUCAGAGAUUUUAUAUGCUACAAGGAAUUGUGAUUGCAAUGACGACUGUAACUAAGCAUACACAAGGUGCAAGGUUCCUUUGUACAGAUGAAGCAUGCCCCCUUUCAAAAGGAUUUCAGUAUAUAAGAGUGCAUGUGCCUGGUGCUACAGAAUCUGCAACAGUAAGAAAUGACUUUUUGUGUAAUCUCUGUGCAUCUUCACUUCAAGAAGACAGAAAAUUUAGAGUAGUUGGUGAUAAACAGAUAGUUGAAAUAAUUACCACAAAGGCACUUCAGGCUUAUCGAGGAUAUUCUAACAACCAGCCAUUUAGAUUCCAGUCUCUUACAAUUUUCCUAAGAGGUAAGUAAAUUCUGUUUGAAGUCAAAAUAAAUUGCUAUAAAUUAUGUAAUUGACUUGUUUAUACUCAUAUAUUAUAAAUAGUACUUCUAUAGCUUAAGAACCACAUCUUCUUAUUCUUGUGUGUUUUAAAAAAUAUUCAUAUUUAAUAAUGUAUCAAUUAUCCAAUUAGUUAUACAACACUCACUUAAAAUGAUAGGCAUGUACUAGCACCUGUCCAUAGCACUAUGCUAAGUAAGUCCCAGGGUUACAGUAAUUUUAAGGCAAUGAUCUCUCAUUAUUCCGUGUGUGUCUUCAAUAAAUAUUGGAGUUAUUGCUCAGUUCUCU